AUGACUCCCGGCAGUGGACUCGUUCAAUCGCUUCAUGCCAUCUAUGUGCUCCUUAACCCUUACGUGGAGUGGUCUUGCCGUUUCUCCAAUAUACUCUUCCCCACAAUCACGGCAAGUAAUUUUGUAGACCACCCCAGACAUGUUACAAUCACCUUCCCUUCCAGCCGUACAAACCACACAGUUUGAGGUUGUACAUAGGCGAUCGUACAGCCUGUUCCGAACCAGGCGCUUCUUCAGAUUGAGGGGUGGUACGUUAACAAUAGCAACCACAUUUUCCAAGCCCGAUCUCUUUAGACACUUCCUAAUAGUGGCACUGACCUCAUCAGAGAUAAAUGGUAAUACAAAAGGAAUCUUCCCAUCGAUCGAAGUAUUACCAUGUCUGAGGAUCACGCCACCAGAAGGUGCUCUUCUUGUGGUUGGAAAAUUGCGGUAGCCAUUCAUUUCAGCAAUAUCGCAUGCCAUUUUAAUCGACUCUUUUCGCUCAUCCUCCCCAGUGCAAACCUUCUUAGCGGUGCGGAACAUAUUCCUAACAACCGCUCGCUUUAUGUAAAAAGGAUGAGCUGA